AUGGCCGGAAGCGCCAUCCACAUCGCACCACCGUCAGCGGAUGUUAUCAACCUCGCGAUCGCUAGCAUCGUCAUUCAUUCAAUAUUACUCCCUGUCGCCGCCUGGAUAACAUGGAGCCACGGCAAGACGGGAAUGCUCUGCUGGCCGAUUUUCCUCUCCUUCUUUGCACUUCAAUUUCUCUCCGAUGGCUGGCAGAUCUCUGUUCGUGAUAAGCCCAACGUUCCAAACGCCGUCUCGAUAUUUACCAACGCCGGAAUAAUGACAUGCCUUGCUUUUGGUAUUGUGGGCAUCGUAUUUGAGGCAACUCCCUGGGUCAAUAGAGGGUUUCUCGGCCUCACGCACCUCGCCAAUACUGUUGGAAUUACAUUAGCGACGUAUGGUGGCUCACCCAGUGAAAAAAAGCAUGGCCAGGUUGCCUCUUCCAUACUGAAUAAGACGGGAAACUGUCUUAUAAUCUUUGUUCUGGCGGUUCUUGGCAUAUGGGUUGCUUUGAUUGCUAAAAGUGUCUUGCGAUACCCAAACCAUCCCCACGUGCGACAUGCUAAGAUCAUGCUGAUCACAGCAUCCUUGGGCUGGCCAUUCCAAACCAUAAGGACCAUCUAUUCCGCGACAUAUGCCUUCGACCGAAUACCUGAUUUGGAUCCCGUUAUGGGUUCCUUCACCACAAAGCUGGUUCUGAUUUUUGGUCUCCAGCUUAUUGUCACCCUCGUUCUCAUAGCGGGCGGGUGGCUCACUAAGGACGUGAACAAGAAUAAAGCUUUGCGGGUACGAAGUCAUGAACUCGAGUUGGAAGCGUUAAAUAACUGA